ACGCAACCUGGCCAAGAGUUAAAAUCGCACCUUUUAUUUGAACUCCAAUUCCAGAGACAAACCAACACCAGAAGCAGCAUCCAUGGCAGAAGAAGAAGCUGGAGAGUUCUACCUUCGAUACUACGUCGGUCACAAAGGCAAAUUCGGUCAUGAAUUCCUUGAGUUCGAGUUUCGCCCUGACGGUAAACUUCGCUAUGCUAACAACUCCAACUACAAGAAUGACACCAUGAUUCGUAAGGAGGUCUUCCUCACUCCUGCAGUUCUUCGUGAAUGCCGUCGCAUCAUCUCUGAGAGCGAGAUUAUGAAGGAAGAUGAUAACCUAUGGCCUGAACCUGAUGUUAUCGGGAGGCAAGAGCUGGAGAUUGUGAUGGGCAAUGAGCAUAUCUCAUUUACAACUUCAAAAAUCGGUUCACUUGUUGAUGUCCAGAGUAGUAAAGAUCCCGAAGGGCUUCGGAUCUUUUACUAUCUCGUUCAGGACUUGAAGUGUUUUGUAUUCUCACUUAUCUCACUUCACUUCAAAAUCAAGCCAAUAUGAGAUCUGGAGCGGUUUUUUGAAUUUUGGCUUAUAUGUUUGCAUAGAAAAAUCACUUUUGGUGGUCGUCUGGAGAUGUAUUCUGAUUAAAAUGUGUGCACAUGUGACUAAGCCUUUGUGGAUUUGGCGUGUUUCUUGGCGGAUUUAGUAUGUGUUGCACUAUGACUUGGGAUGGAAAUUUAUGGAUGUUUUUUUUUUUUUUUUUCUGCAUCUAGCUGUUAGGAAUGUUUCAUGGACAUCUGCACUUUUAGAAUAUUCAGCAUUUGAUUUUUAUGCUUACUCAUUGUUUCAAUCUCCAUUGUAGUGAUGUGAUUAAUGCCACAAUGUUGCAUCAUAAUUCGUGACAUGAUUUGUCAAUUGAGAGGCUGAGGCUGAGGCUGGCUUUCCAUCUCUUU